GCCCCUCCCCCGCUGGUAGUCUCUCAAAAAUAAAUAAAACAUAAAAAAUAUAGUAAAAUAAAACAGAGAGCACCUGUGAAGCUUCCCGGCCGCGGGCUGCAGGCGGGUCACAGGUGGACCCUUCUCCAGCGUGAGGCCAGCCACCCUAUCCCCGCUCCGGAGCGUUUUCACUGAAGCAUGAAAACGUGAAAAAAGAUGCACAAAUCCCAGCGCAGUUCGGUGACCCCUCCAGGCGCUCAGCCCCCAACAUGGAACAUCGUCUGAACACCAGAAACUAUGGCCUCCUUCCGACCCUGACAGGCCCUGCCCGUGACCUCUCGCCCCCGGAGAGGCCCCGCCCACUUGUGGACUUUACACAAACAAAAUCAGACAGGAAAAAAACACACACUCCUGCCCUCGAAUUAAUAUUUCAGUACGUUUGCCCCAUCCCACGUCUGUGCCACGUCUCCACGGGCACGCGCCCAGCAGAACUGCGUUCGGCCACCGUGGAGGCCACCGGACGGCCUCCGGAGGGGUCGGGCCACCUCCGAUCCACGGACAGCGAGCGUCCUGGUGACCACGUCCCCAGGGAUGCGUGGCGUCUGCCCUCCUUCCCAGCAGCCGUCUUGAGCGCUAUCCCAGCCGGCUUUAAUUUGGGCUUCCCCGGCCAGACGCUGCCGCCCUGCGCGGUGCCCGCCGCUCCUGCGGGAAGGAAGGCCCUCCCCGCGGCCGGCCAGAACCCGUGGGCCCCGCCCUCCAUCCGCAAAACCCCACGGACACGAGGCUCUCACGGGCGUGCGGCCCCCAGGACGCCCCCCCCCCCCCGGCCUCGCCACGCCGCCCACCCCCCGCGCGCUGAGGACCUGCCUGGGGCGCCCCGCCCCCAAGACCUGGCCUCGGAGGACCCAGGGAUCUUGCCGCACAACUCACUCUACAGAUGGGAAACUGAGGCCAAGGCCACACGAUGGUUCCCUUCCCCCGCUUUCUCGGGCUAGUGCCUGGGAGCCGUCCCCUCCCUGUGCCGCGGCCUGCGUCACUGGGGCCACACUGCCGGAGCCUCCUAGAGCUGCUCGUUCUGACCCGUCCUGCGGGGCCACGGAUACAUGCGUGUUCGAUGCCAUCACUUUACAAAACUCCAGCCUGAGCGCCCAGCGGUUUUCCCGUAUGCACACCUGACCCAGACGGACGGACGCCCUGAGCACACUGCCCCGGCCGCUUGCUGGACCCCAGGCUCGGUGCCGGCACCCCGGACUCCUCAGGACGGCCCCUCGGAGGCCCCAUGACUAUGACCCCACACCGCAAAGAGGUGGACGUGCCGGGCACGGGGCAUUUAGGAACAGUCAGGGCCCCGAGGCAUCCAUGAGCCAGUGGGGCACCAGCAGGGGACGAGACAGAGGCCUGAGUGGUGCCGGGAAGGUGCCGCGAAAUUGUGGGCAGUCGGGCAAGGCUUCCACAAUAAGAUGCUGUUUGACGGGUCCUAGCAGGACCCCGCGUGAAGCGAGUGCCUCCUGUAUACGGAGCCACCUCUCUGACGUCCAGAGACACAGGGGUCGGCAUCACCCCGAUAAGACGUAAGAUGGAUAUGGAAACAGGCCCCACAAGGGAAAGCCAGCAGCCGAGAUCCUCCCGGAGGAAGGACAGUGGAUCGCCCAUGACGCCGCUUGCUAAAAAUGCAGAUUCUGGCCCCAACUCCCGCCGAGGUGCUGGCCCGGGACGGCCGGCUACGGGUGCCUGGUCCAGCAGACACGGCGGGAAGGGCUCCGGGCAGGGCUGGGGGCUGGAUGACGCCGGGCUCGCACCGUCCCUCCUCCAGCAGGCCCCGCAGCUCCAGGCUGCUCUGGAGUUAAUUAGGGACCCCAACAUUUAAUGGUCUGUUAUGCUUCCACUGGGCAUCUUUUUAAAUUAAAAAACAUGAUGUAUGGCA